AUUGCAUACCGGUACAUUGUUUCUAUAUUUUACAGUCCCUGGGUAUAUUGGUUGUCAUAGUAACGCAAAUAUAAUGGUACUUGCCGGUGCGCUAUAUACCGGGAGAACAGAUCUGACUAUAACAGAUUGUAUAGAAUCGUGCAGAAAUGCCGGGUACACGUAUUCAGGGACCAUAAAUGGAGAGCAGUGCUCAUGCGGAAACACAAUUGAAGAAUCACCUGGAGACGUUACCCUUGUGUCCGAAUCUUACUGUAAUGUAGCGUGCUCUGGUGAUAGCACAGAGGUCUGUGGAGGGAAUGGCUACACUAGUAUUUAUGUCUCAUCAAUCGGUCAAGAUGGCGGCACCUACACAUUACCAGAAGGUUACAUAUAUUCUCCCAAUUUUCCGAGUGCAUACACUGGAGAAACCGUAACAUGGAUGAUAAGCUUUGAAAACCCAACUCUUAUCACUGUAACGAUUAGAAUGUUUUCAUUGGCUAUGAACGAUCAACUGGUCCUCACGUCCGGUGCGAACGCAGUGUCAGAGACGAUAUCUGGGGGCGAAUCUCUUACUUUGCCAUACGUCUGGAAACCAAACCUGACAGCAUCGUUCGAGAUCCAGCUAUUGAGUGCCACGACAGAUCCACGCAAUGGAUUCGUUAUUUCGUAUGAAGCAAUAACCGGAAGCUGUGGUGGUGACUUCACUGGUACAUCGGGCUACAUUGCAUCACCAGGUUACCCGGGUAAUGCCCCAUCAUCCAGUUCCUGCAUGUAUACCAUCACUGCACCAGAGGACUAUGUUAUCGUAAUAACGAUAGAGCAACGUCUACUACCAAGUGGAACUUCGUUAAGCAUAGCAGACGACGGCGUGAUCAGUAGCGUUACAAAUACUGGUGCUAUUGACCCGUCGGCAACGAAUGUUAUAUCUGUGGUUUUCAUGUCUGGUACCAUAUCGUCACCAUCUACGUUUCUCAUCUCAUAUACAGCAUCUCCGAGAACAUGUGACGCGUUACCUACUGUACCCUUCGGCACAUUGAACUCUAGUGUUAGUGGAACAUUGUACCCACCGCAGACCGUGUCAUUCGUUUGCAAUAAUGGUUAUUCGUCACCUAAUAACUCCGUCACAUGUACAGACGACGGUUCGUGGACAUCUGCAGAAUGUAUAGUUAUUUGUCAGGCUCUGCCGACCGUAGAUUCUGGUUCUGUCGAUGCUGAUGGUAACACAGAAUUUCAUCCCGGUGACACAGUAACUUUAACAUGUGAUACCGGAUAUACUCCAUCAUCGUCUGUAAUCACGUGUGCAAACGACGGUAGCUGGAACACAGAGGAGUGCACUGUUAUUUGCGAUGCAGUGCCGACAAUACAAUUUGGUUCAGUUGAUGCUGGAGGUAGCACAGAAUUCAAUCCGGGUGAUACAGUAACGCUGACAUGUAAUAAUGGAUAUACGCCAUCUUCAUCAAUGAUCACGUGCUUUAACGACGGGUCGUGGUCGGUAGAACAGUGCAUUGAAAUUCCAACAACUACGAUGCCCACUGCCACUGUCACAGCAGUUGUCACAACCAAAGCAAAUACAGAAUCAACUACAACUGAAACUGUUGGAAAAACAUCGACCAUGGCAACAGCAGUACAAUCAACACCGAAAGUUGUUACAGAACCAAAGUCUACAGAAGCCGUAACAACAGUUGACUCGACGACACCGGAAAGUACCACUGAAUCCACCCCCGACCGUGCCUCUGAUCUGUGUCGAGUCAGCAGUGAUCCUACAAUGGAAAGUCUACCAAACCAAGAAACCCCAAACGUGUUGUCACUAAAUGUUGGAAACCCAUUGGACUGUGACGGAUAUUUGACGGGAAUUAAAAUUUUCAGUUCAGACACAUCAACCGUCACCAUCAACGUUCUGAGGUUUUUAGCGACAAACAGGUAUCAGCUGAUUGGGCGAUUUGACGUUGUUGGCGAAACUUCACAAGUAGUUGCUCAUUCACUUGACGAAACCGACUGGAUUCAAUUUGAAAGUGGCGACAUGAUCGGAACAAGCUCCACAUUAAAUUCACCUCUAACAUUUUCGGAUGACCAAGCUGAUUCUGUUGAUUACAUGAUUUGGGAUCUGAUGUCAGAUCCUGAAUUUCAUACUAGUGAAGUUGGUGAUGAGAUUAAUUUAAUGAGUACCACCAACAGACCAAAAAGGACGUACUCUUGGGCUGUUUCUAUUGAAGCAAAUACAACCUGCCCUCUGCCGACCAUUAAUAACGCCAAAAUAACACCAUCAUCCGAUGUGUAUAAGUACGGGGAACAGGUGAUGGUUCAGUGCGAUGAUGGCUACACUCCCACUGAAUCCGGUACUCUAACUUGUCGUAUAGAUGGCAAUUUUGAUAGUUUUACGUGCAAGGAAAAAGAUCGCAAAACGUUUUUUCUCAUCAUAGGUCUGGUUAUUGCUUCGGUACUUUUCGUUCUUAUAAUGAUUGUUAUUAUAAUGGUAGCUUGCAUAGAAGAAGACGAACCUAUCAGACCAAAACCAAAACGAAGUAACUAUCCAUCAACUGGGAGCGGUCGGUCCGACAAUUCUCAGCGAUUCUUGAUACCAAUAGAUGAUGAUGGUGUAAGAGGGAAGGGUAUUCCCUAUACCAAUCCAACGCCUGUCGUCGAUGAAAGGCCCUCUCAGUUAAUUGACCCGCAGUACCCUCCUGUUGAUUAUCCCCUUGACGACGAGCGCGAGGCGAUCCAGGCAAUUGAUGAAGCAGUGCUGGGUUUCGAGGGAGACAGUUUAUCGUUCGAGUCUGGUCCGAUGGACACGAGGUCUGGAGGAGACUCAGCCAGGCACCACGUAACGUUUUCUGAUAGAAGAUGAGCCAGACAAGGAGUGUGUUGCUAGUUUGCACUGUCUUGAAGAUUUAGAACAUAAAAAAAACCACAUUUAUUUAAUUCUCUAUAUCUUGUUGACAGUUUAAUUGUAAGAUUAUAAUGCCAGUCACAAGAAUGUAACAGAAUUGUACAUGUUUUAUGCAAAUUAUUUUGUAAUUUAAUCAUGAAAGUGUUAGUCUAUAGGUAACAUAUUACCUGGAUAGAUUAAAAUAUUGAAGAUUUUGUGGUGUAAGAGUAUUUUCAUUUACCGUACCCGCCGCAAAUGUAAAUGUCUACAGGACUUUAAGGGUGUUCUCACCAAUAAACAUUGUAUCCAUAUUGACGAGAUGAACUCAGCUUUAGGACUCAUGAAAUUUGUUAUACGGUAUAAAAAAUACCACAGCAUUUGUACGUCAAAUGUAUUGCCUAUUUAUUGUGCGUCACAAAUGAGGUAUUGCGGUAGGCCUUAUGAUAUAAUUUUUGAAUAAUUUUGAAACAUAUCGAAGAAAAGAACCUCCAAAAACAAAUCUUCAAUAAUACUGCGUUGCAUUCUGUCAUCUUUGAUUCGUUUUUAUAUUAAAGAGAAAUAAAUUAUAUGAUGCUAUUAUACUAGGCUUCAUUUUUUUUAAAUUGAGAUCAAUAUUCUAUACGUGAGCCGAAAACAAAUGGACGACGAUGUCUACAAAGAAAAUGUUUCAAUUUGGAAAACUAUUGACUGACCUUCACUUUUUUGCAGAAAAGGCAGGCCUAAUAAAAAAUACUUAGCCAGACAAAAAAAAAUCGUCUACCAUCCACUAUACUACUUUUAUCAAAUUCAAUUAAAAAUACGGUAUUGCGCAUGGAUUUUUAUUAAAUUUCAUUCCAUUUAAAUCUGUUAAAAAAAACAUUUCAUACAGUUUACUUUAACUGGUGUCACUCUUAUUUACCUGGUCUACUAGGUACUUUUAUUAGUAUGCUUAUAUCAUUAUUAUUAUGUUAAUUUUAAUUUCUGUAUUAAAUUCACUUUUUGAAGUAUUUGCUAUCGUGGUUGUUAUGGGUCUUUCUGCAGGGCCAAAUUAUGCUUUACGAAUUAUUUCUACUUUUAAUAGCUUUAAGUCGCCGUAUCUGUUCCUACCUAUUUCUUUAUCAUUAUUACUUUUACGUUUAUAUAAAUAAAUAUAAUUAAAUGUUCCGUAACAUUAACCUUUUCAACAUACAAUUUAAAAAAUAUUUAAAAAAUCAUCUCAAAAAUUAUCUAGCGCAAACUUGUUAUAGUAUUGUCCUACUUAAUGCUGCCCUGAGUAGAAUAUAAUUAUUUAUUUUAGUAUAACUUGAAUAAAUUACAUAAUCUAUCGUGACGUAUAAAAGAAAUUAUAAAAAUAAUAGUAAAAAAAAGAAACACACAACAGUUAUAUAUCUAUACUUUUCUGUCAAUAAUAUGUUGUAUUUCAUACUUGUGUUUGUAUUGUGAACCUACUACGUAGCAUUUGUUGUGCAACAUAGUGAUACGACAGUUAUAUCAUGCGACUUAAGUCAUACAUCAUUCAAAGCAUACAUAUUUUGAAGUAGCAUUAUAAAUAAUAAAAUAAUAUUAAUUGUUCAAUAAUGUAAGCAAUCCGAAAUAACAUAGAGUAUGAAGAUAAUUUAUUUCUAAAAUAAACAACCAAUAAAUAAUUAUUACUUCUUUCUAUCAUCACAUAAAAGUAUGUAUUAUAGUAAAAUAGGAGUUAGGUUAGUUCAAUCAUAUUCAAUGAUAGUUAUUUAUUGUCUUCCGGGCUUUAAUAGAGAAAAUAGUGAUUUGUAAAUAUAUAUUUACAUUCUGUUUUAAAAUGUAAAAUGUAUAACCAGUUAUGUUAAUGUAUGAAUUUAGAUAGAUUUUGAAUAAAGGACUCGUAUUUUUUCAAUA